UCAUUGUUUUAAAUGUCAAUGUGGUUGUUAAAAUACGUCGGUGGUGCAUACGCGUGCGUGCAAAGGUGCACGGUGCAUAGAAUUACACACACAAUUGAUAGUUUUUCAAAAUGUCAAUUAGUUUUUACAAGCUAUCGUCGAUGUUUCAGCAUCUUGUUUGACGGAUUGUCAUUGUCAAUUUCAUCGACCCACGUGCCUCAGAUAUGCCUGAAGACACAUGAUAUCUUCUGUGUGCAACAUGGCUGAUGUCAGACUUUUGAUACAAGAAGAGGGCAGAACUGCACGUAAUCUGGUAGCGUUUCACGUUCCCGUUAUAAAUAGCAGUCUAGAUAAAGUUACCAGAAAACCCCCAAGCAUUCCAAAGAUCUCACAACCCACGCAGGCCAAGAGAAGUGCUAAACCCCCUAGCAGAGUUCGUUCCGCUUCUACAGGAAGGGAUAAAAAAUCAGAACUACAAGCUCGUUACUGGGCAUUUUUAUUUGGGAAUCUUCAACGAGCUGUGGAUGGUAUCUACCAAACCUGUGAGGAGGAUGAAAGCAUUUCAGAGUGUAAAGAGGUGAUAUUGGUGCUAGAAAACUACACGAGAGAUUUUCAUAAUCUGAUAGAAUGGUUCAAAGUAAAAUGGGCAUACGAAAGCACGCAGCCUCCUUUACGUCGUGUGCCUUUGGCUUGGGAGGUGAGAAAAACUUCACCGGGUCGAGCAUGGGGUGGAUCCUCAGGUACACAGAAGUCAGUUAGUCCAGUUCAGAGGACAAGUCCCACAGGAUCCACCUGCAAAAGUCCAGUGGACCAAACUAUUCUUGAGAAUAAAAUUAUCGUCACUGAUGCAGCAAAAAUUGGUCCAAUCAAGGAACCAAAUGACAUUAAGAUUUCUUUGAAAGAGAACAAAAAUGUUCAUGAAGUUGAAAGCGUAAAGGAGAAAAUCCACAGCAAAAAUACUACUAAAGCAAGGCUCAGUAAUCCAUUAGAGACAAAACAAAUCGUUGGGGAAACGAAUGCGGCAGAGCAGCAGAAUAUCCUGAACAAUGAGACAAAAAACGCAGUUGUUGGCAAGUCUGAUGUUUCAUGCGGAGGAAACAAAGCAAGUAUGAAGCCGAACAAACCAGUCAGGCCUGCUUACUCCACUGUCUCAAGAAUGCGACCAUCGACGGCAACUCCGGCUCAAAAUAUACCCGAAACGCCAAAAAUUAUCAGAAGCAAAACUUCUCUCUGCAUGAAAGGAGGGCCAAAUGUAACUCGUGCAAGACCUGGGACCUCUGUUAUCGUCAAAAGAAGACUCCAGCCUGCUUCUUCUGCCAGUACUUUCCAGUCACAAGGAUUUGUCAAAGGUGAUGAAUCAAGAGAUUUGAGCGGAUCAGUUGAAGUAUUAACUAAGGAGAGUUCUGCUCCUAGAGCUAGGGAAGAUGGAGAUGGCUGGCAGACUGUGAGAAGCCGUUACAGACGUGGAAGUACGCACAAUUUGAACAUGUCCACGAGGUUUCACAAGCCGAGUACUGCAAUGUCUCUGCCUGCCUUGUCCAUUGAGAGCCCGAUUGAACGGGGUAAAAAUAGUUGUGGCACGCCAGUUGGCGUUUUACAGAAUAGCGGAGAUAAAAAAAGACCAAUGAAUAAUACCAAGACUGGUAAAAAUGUAAUAAACGAAGUUGAAAAGUCGACAAAAAUGGGGGAGCGGAGAGUCAAGGGGAAAUGCAGAGAGCAAAUGGAAGAGAAUAAAAAUGGUAACCUACUCUUAGGAGACGGCAAUUCUACGUCUGUGAUAGCGGCGAUAUUCAAAAACGAGGCAGAAUUAUUAGAGAGAAGAAUUCAGCAGUUUGUCGAAGCCCAGGCUGAAAGAGAACGCCUGAUUCUGGAAGAGGAACAAAAGAGGGAGGAGGCGGACUCACAGAGGUCGCAGCAACUCUCAGAUGAAGAAGAGUCCCUUCAAAGACAAAUUCAGGAACUUGAGUCCACGGAAAUUGACGUCGAUACCGAAACCGAUGAAACAGAUGGCGAAACUGUUCUAGAAACUGAAGGAGACGAGCCCCUGGAAAGUCUAAAUGUUUCCAUAGACGACAUUAGUCUUGAAGACAGGUACGAAAAUAUGUUAGAAGGAAUGACAUGGGCUGAAAGAGUUGACACUUUGGCCCAAUUGCAGGCACUGGUCGCUAGACAUCCUGGUAGGGCUUUAGAGUUGCACCAAAAAUUAUCAUCUCCAUCCCGCAAGCGUUCGCUGCCAGAAACUUUGCGUCGUUAUCAAGCUAAGCAAGCAUGUGCGCAACGCAAAAGGCAAACACUGUUGAUGGAAAAGUCGCAAAGGCUUAGAGAGCUCUUGAACAAAGUUGAAGACGUUAAGAGUGCUAAAACUCAGCUCAUCGAGGACAAAAGGAUUAGGAUGGAGACGAAAUUGAAAAGAGCAGAGGAAAAUCGAACCCAGCAUCUCCUUGAGAUUGUCAGGAAGGCCCAUGAUGAGGACUCUAAACUCAAGGAGAUCGCAUUCAUUAACGAACUUGAAGCGCAGAAUAAGCGGCACGAUUUUAUGGCGCUCUGUCAAGAACAGGAGGAACGCCUUCAGGGAAUACACGAAGAGCGUCAAAGACGACAGGAAGAGAAGGCUGCAAAAGAAGCAGCAGCAGAAGAACGGAGGCGAGCUUUAGAGGUCGAACGGCUGUUGCGUAUCCAGAGGAUGAGACAAGUUCGUCGAGAGAGGGAAGAAAGAGUGGGAAAAAUGCAGUUGGAAAGAGAAAAAGAGCGGCAGGAGCUCGCUAGAGAGAAGGCAAGAGAUCGUGAAGAGCGAUUGUCAGCUUUACAUGCCGCUCAACUGGCGAACCAGGAAGAACUACAAAAAAAGAUUGCACAUAAACAACAAGAAUCUGCAAGAAGACAUGGAGAAAACAUUGAACACAUUCGUCAAAGGGCUGUCGAAUCUUCUAUUCUACGGUCUGAGGAGGUUCCUCCUACUCUCAAAUCUUAUCCAACUCCAAAGCAGUGCUUCCUUUGUGACGCAGUGAUAAACAACGAAGUGCAACUACUGAGUCACCUAAAGAGUAAGACGCAUCUUGAGCUGGUGCGGAAAAUGCACGACGGUCGUGAGCCUCCAAGAGAUGAGAUGCAGCGAUUCAACAUCGCUCAGAUCCGUGACAUUCCUAAUAAUAGCAAUGCGAGCAAUUCGAAGGCCGCAAAAGAAAAGCAGAAGGCUUUGAAACGCCGUUGUAGAAAAAUGAAGCAGAGGAUGGCUGCGAGGGGACAAGAGUGGGAAGUUGCUAGUGAUGCAACGGCAGCUACGAAUCGGCCAGCAGUUGAAUCUGCUAACAAAGCGAAGUUCAGGAGAAAUUUAAAGGAGCUGGACAGACUCUGCAAUAAUCAUGGAAAAACCACAUGGCCAAGUGUAGCUUUCGCUGGACUCGAAAGAUGCCUCGGUGAAAUUUCGAGGGCAUUCAAUAAAUAUUGUGCUUCAGACCAGGAUGUAUUCAACGCGUUAAACGGUUUUACGACUCUUACGAACCUAUUGAACUUGGGUCUCAAUGAUCAAAACAACGCGCAUUGCCUGCCAAAUAAGAGCAUCGUCUCAGUUUGCAGAGUUUACAAAGCAGCUAUUCACAACCAUUUGGGUAACAUAGAAGCAAUUUUACUCAGCAACAAAAUACUCGUGAUACUUGAUCUCCUUCUACAACGAUUAGAGUCCGCAACGGGAUCGGACAAUCACUUUCACGGUCCAUUAUCGAGUCACCAGGAAACUAACUGCAAUAAUAAUGGCGGUAGUAGUAGUUCAGCGGCGAUGGGAAAUAGUCAUUCAUCUUCGUGCCCGGUUGCUACCGCAACGAUGCAAAUUCUGUCGAAUUUAUUUGCUAAAGGAGUAACCGACGUGGCACAUGAGAAACCGCAACUCCAAAAUCGUCUACAAGACGUCAUAGGAUAUUUGGUAGCCGGCGGUCUGGUGGACCGGGUGUCGCGUCACAGUCGAACGCUCGUCGAGUACGAGGUCCUUCACGACCAGGAUUACGAAGCACCUCUGAUGGUCGCAUCCUUCGACUUGCUGUCGCGAUUCUGUUACCACCUGAACAAAUGCGGUCAGGAUCAUCAGCAGCCUCACGCUCAGGGGGCGGCGAGCGAUCCGGCGAACCAGAGUUCGUGCGAAUUUCAAACAUCGGCGAGAAAUCACCUGAUCGCCGGCCUCGCCACGAGCGAAGGAGCCGGCACCGUUGGCGCCAUGUACGCCGCACUCGUACUGCCCGGACACACCAGUCAGAAAAGUUCCUCCCCCGUGCCGUCGUACAGCCAAAAUUCCAUGUCCGCCGCUUCGAAAAAUCUCGCACUGAGAGCGCUCAAUCUGCUCCGAAACUUCGCCGAAAUCGAUACCGCCAAGUUGCAGGAACUUCUCGGCGCGGAAUCGACGAGUCUGCAGUUUCGCCUGAUCGCCAGUCACCUGAUAGGAAAACUGUCGAGAGAAUCGCCCAACAACAACAACAACAACAGCAACAACAACAACGCGGACAAACAACAGCAAGAAUCGUCGGACGGCAGAAUUAUUUUGUCCGAAUUGUUCACCCUCCUCGGUUACUUCGCACUGAACAAUCGGGAGAACCAGAUCGUUUUGCAAUCGGGCGGUCCGGGGACCAGCGUAUUGCAGCAACUUUGUUCUCUACCAUUCCCAUUUUACGGUGAUCCGAAACUAUCUUCGUUUACAUUACCAACUUUACUUGCAGCUACCCACAAAAAUGACGAGGCUAAGGCAGUACUGUCAUGCGAAUUAUCUUACCAGCUACUCGAAGAGUACAGAAACUCUGAGGAUGGUAAGCAAAAUCAAUUGAUUCAACGUCUUGAUUUUCUCGAUGAAUGAUAUCGGUUAUCAGAUAACCGAGUAACGUUGAAUUAAUAACGAGAUGAUACGGAAAGAAAUGGUGAAAAAAAAUUCUGCUUUUUUUAUCGUCAUUAUUAUAAUUUUUCUUCUACUUUAUUAUUUCGUGCCAAUAUUUAUUAUUUAUUACCAACGGCUAUUUCCUUAAAUUAUUUAAAUUUUGAAAAAAAAAAGAGGGUCGAAGGUACUUAACUAUUUUUAUUCGUCCAAACAGAUUAUUUUUCAAAGAUUAAUUUUGUAUAUUGAAUCAUGCAAUGACUACUGUGUUAUUAAUAUCGACUUUGUUAAAAUUGAUUAUUUUGUUCUCUUUCUUAUUUUCUCAUUUUUUUUUUUUUUUUGAUUCUUCGUUUUUGUUUUCUAUAUAUUUUAUAAUAUUAUUAUCGUAUUCAGCCAAUCUAAAAACUGCAGGUAUUACUGAUUUAAAAUAUAUCUAGUGAUAUUAUGAUAUAAAGUUAUUAUAAUAAUGAUGAUGGUGAUGAUGAUAACAGUAAUAGUAACGAUAAUGAUAGUGAAUUGAUUGAUUAAUUUCAAUAUUCCAUCCAACUAAAUUUCCAAGUCAAUAUAAAUCAUGAAUACUUUAUUUGAAAAAAAAAAAAAAUCACGAUAACGACCUUAAUUAAAAAUAUGAAUUUAAACACCAAUUAAAAAAUAAAAAAUUGAUAACAAUAAUCGUGUACCCAUAGAACUAUCAUACCUAUGUAUAGAUAUUUAAUUUCCGCAAUGUGCCAGAAUAUCGCUUAUACAAUGUACAUGAAAACGUUUUUCUAUCUAUAUAAUAUAUAUAUACUCGAAUAUCUAACAACGACAACAAUAAUAAUAAUGAUGAAAAACUUA